CACAUACCAGACGCUUCCACGGAUACGGAAACUUAAUAACGACAGAAAUUGAGAAGAACAUCAAAGGAGCAGUAAGGAGUCCUGUUUUGAACUGAGGACAUGGAGACACAGACGGGUGUUUGGCUCCUGGCAGCGCUGCUGUUGGCCCUGCUGAACUCUGAAGCUCUAGCAGAAGAUAAAUACUUCGCUGCUGGCGGGACACUGGAGCUGAGGCCUCAACCACCAUCAGCAGCCAUCAGAGAAAUCCUGUGGAAACACAACGGCAAUCUGGUGGCAGAGUGGGUGCAGGGAGCAGUUGAUCUGACCUACUACGGGUCGUUUAAUGGCCGCACAACCCUGGACAUAAACACUGGACGAUUGGAAAUCAACUACAUGGGAGAAGGUAACGCGGGGCUGUACGUAGUGGAAAUCAAUAACCAUGAUCAGAGUCCGAGCUAUGAUGUUAAAAUGAUCAAAGAAGUGCCCGAGCCUGAGGUAUGGAUGCGAUUACUGACAUGUGCCGCUGAUUCAGAAGAGUGCACGCUGUCCUGUGAUGGAGACACUGCAGGGGCCGAACCUGUGACCUACAGCUGGAAGGAGGGAGCCGGAGACUGGAAGGAGUCGGGAAAGAUCAUGAAAAUCACCAAGACUAACACAGGUGUUGAAACCUUCUCCUGCAAGAUGGAGAACCCGGUCAGUGAGAAAGAAAGUGAACCUGAACCCAACCCGUUCUUCCAAAAGAAAGAAUCAGACGGCGCUGGAAUUUGUGAAUUGCUCUCUGGGGCUUAUACUUUCCUUUGGAAAAUGAUCUGUUCAUGCUCAGACAGAAACAGCGAUGGUAAUUCAGCUUAAAUUCUGCAACUUAUUGCAUUUAAAACAGCUACCAUUUAACCACAAACUAAAAAUGUUGCUCCUCAGACCUCCUUCAUCCAGACAUCUUUCACUCAUCACACUGAACUGCUAAAUAUCAGGCAGCCAAAUUGAUCAUCUCAGUAACUCAUUUAGUGUUAGAGACUCAACUUAGAUCUGCUGCCCGCUUCCUAUUCUGCUUAAACAAAAUGUAUAGCUUGUGUUGUUUGUCAGGCUUUUUAGCUUGUUCUAAUCUCAGCCACUAUAGAUGCCUGAUUAGAUAGUAGCUGGUAUAUCACUGGCUGCCCUGCAAGAUAUCUUUGAAUAGUAAUGAACUGGAUCGCUGGCACUAAAAUAAAUCAGAGGACCUGAAGCAUGAGAGCAAUAUGUGAUAUAUGUAUGCAUGUUUUUAUUCUGCCUCAGCCAAUAGUUUGUUGGAUGUAAAUCGAAUGAACUUAACACUCUUUUGAGGAACUGGAUAUGUUUUAGUGACGACCUAAAGCUUUAUCACAGUGUAUGAACAUCUCAAAGGUAAAAUUCUGUCCUCAAACCAACAAAUAAAAAAGGUUCAAUCAGCUUAA